AACUUGUUUGGUGGCUGGACUUGUGUCGCACUCGAGUGAUGCAAACGUCGAAAAAAAUGGCGAAAGAGAACGUUCACUCGCACUUUCGCAUAUUAUCUACCGUUCGUCGUUAUCCCUCGACGUGGGUCGGCUACCAUAAGCCAUUUCCGGAUGGACGAGUUAGCGCCAUGCGGGUGGGAAAUCCAGGUCAGCUCGCUGCUGUCGAUUAGCUUUCGAGUCCCGUUCUUAUCGGUCGUGGCAUUACGCAAAUACAGCCAUAUGCAAACCGCAAGAAUUUCGAGAAGUGAAAAUGAAAGUGCGAAUUAUAAGGCGAGCACAUAUUCGAUGAUUGGUCAUUUUUAUCAGGUUUCUACUUUGUUCAAUCAUGAAAUGACUCCAAUUUUUAUAUCUCGAAUCAAGACGAGAUUAAAUGUGUAGUAUGCACAAAUCGAGAUAACUCGAUCGAGGCACGUUAUAAAGUAUACAAUCUAUUUCACAAGAAUCAUGAUAAACUCGGCUCGAGUGUUUCCGUAUUCUAUGCGAGUAUCGUGAAACCUGGUGCAUCGCUCGCGCAACUCUUUACUCUCAACGCUGGGUUAUAUGAUGCUGUGUGAAACGACGAUUCGCGAAAUUGGACUUAGGAGAGAUCAGCCGAGUCCGUAUGUCGUGACUCAAUUCUCAAGCGGAGAAACGUCCUCGUUUCAACGACUUCUGCGACGUCCUUCGUGCGAUUUUUUGAAAUUGGAGCCAGUUCGGCUUGCCAGUGUCGCUUCUGGUUUCCAUCGCAUCGCGAACCCGUGUUAUUCGAGUCACGAGUCGGGCAUCCAUAUCCUUGUCUCUUUCUCUCUCCGUCGCUCCGAAGAUUUGUUCUCUCUUCGACAACCGUAUGACGGAUGGGUCGCAUUCCAUUGUCUCGUUCGCUAUCGGGAAAUUGAUCGACGUGAUAAAAAAAUUUUCGACUUAUAUAGUGACGUGAAAAAACGACGAUUCCGUCGCUCCGGCUAUUGUUUGCCUCGAAUAAAUUUGCAAUCUCCUCGUGACGCAGGUGCUUCAAAAUGUUUCGUUGUGCAGUUUUCGUCUCGUUGCUUGCGUAUUUCGAUCAUGCUCUAUGUACGCAUCGCCGCUGAAUUAUUAUCGCAAGAAUGGAAACAUUGUAUACUGCAGAAUAUCACUUACGUCACUUUCUCAUUACGGCAUCUCUAAUUUUAACCUUUCCAUUGAAAAUCUUUUUUCAAUGAAAAUUCAUUCGCGCGCGCGACGUGUGACGGAUAUCUCGUCCAGCGCGUGUCUUUCACCUGUGCUGUAAGACCCCUACUACUCUUCGAAGAGAGAGAAAAAAGAGCAGGAGAGUUGAACGCGUGGUAGGGAUAUCUCGCCGUCGACAUGGUGGGCCUGUUUGGGACCUGACGUCGCGUAAGGUGGAGGGCGAGAGGGGGCGAUGGACGAGCGCGAUCGAGAUCUUCAGUAGGUCACUGGGACGUGGCUCGUGGCCGAGACGAGUGUGGCUCGCACCUUCAGUCGGUCCCCGUCGACCAGGAAAACCACCUCUGGGCCCGUCGAAUCCUCGCUAUCGGACACGAGAGCACGACGAGAGGACACCCACAUGAUGGAGAGGACGUGGCGGAAUAUACGAAAGAUAGCUUUUAUCCUACUGCUGCCCUUAUUAUUGGCCGGCGUACGGAGUGAAGCACCGUUGGUUGACAGCAGCGCACUACCACUGGAACACAGAUCAGUCUAUGGAGCCCCAGCUCAGUACGGCCCGCCAGCGGUUCACGAGGAGAACUGGCCGCUGGCGUCACCCGACACCCCGCAGAUCAAGCAUCUGCAGGUGCAGUGCGAGAAAACGCACAUGCGGGUGAACAUCGAAUUCGAUCGGCCGUUCUACGGUAUGAUCUUCAGCAAGGGCUUCUACUCGGAUCCGCAUUGCGUGCAUCUCAAACCAGGCACCGGUCACCUGAGCGCGACCUUCGAGAUCUUCCUCAACUCGUGCGGCAUGAGCUCGUCGGCGAAUCACAAUGUUGCGGCUUAUGGUGCCCCGACGCCAUCCGGCAGUUACGUGGAGAAUACGAUUAUCGUGCAAUACGACCCGUACGUGCAGGAAGUGUGGGAUCAAGCGAGGAAGCUGCGUUGUACUUGGUAUGACUUCUAUGAAAAAGCGGUCACCUUCCGGCCGUUCCAGGUCGACAUGUUGCACGCUGUCACAGCCAACUUUCUCGGCGACAACCUGCAGUGUUGGAUGCAGAUACAGGUUGGCAAGGGUCCGUGGGCCAGCGAGGUGUCCGGCAUCGUGAAGAUCGGUCAGACUAUGACAAUGGUGUUGGCUAUCAAGGACGAUGAGAAUAAGUUUGACAUGCUGGUGAGAAACUGCGUCGCCCACGACGGCAAAAGAGCGCCGAUUCAGUUGGUCGAUCAAUAUGGUUGCGUUGUCAGGCCGAAGAUCAUGUCCAGGUUCCAGAAGAUCAAGAACUUCGGCCCAAGCGCGUCCGUUGUUAGCUUCGCCUACUUCCAGGCCUUCAAGUUCCCCGACAGCAUGAACGUCCACUUCCAGUGCGUGAUUCAAGUUUGCCGAUACAAUUGCCCCGAGCCUAAGUGUGGACAUCCUGGUCUCGAGUACGGUGUGCCUGUCGCCGGCAUCUCUCACGAAUAUGGCGCACCGGUUUCGCAAGGUCUUUCUUCGGAGUACGGUGCCCCGCCUGUGCCUGAAUAUGGCGUGCCACCGGCUUAUCCGGAUCCGCGACAUCCCAGCGGACCCGCUGGAGCGUAUAGCGAACCGAAUCCAGAUGUAGUUCCGGCGCCGCAGGCGCAGACCUCGUCCUCUUCACCCAGCUCUACGCCAGGCGACGCUACAGCGAGCAGCUCACCCCAGAGUCCCCAGGACAAUAUCCAUCUCCCUCCACCCCCUCUACCCGGCCAUUCGGCGGCGUACCAGACUGUGAAGCGAAAGGGUACCGCUGGUACGGAGGAGCUUGAAGGUAACCUAGCCAUCCUCGGAGGUCGACCGAGGUCGGUCGAAGGUUUUCCGGCCGAGCUCAGAGGCGCCAGGAGGCGAAGACACGACGAGCCGCACGAGUUGGAAGAUGACGAUAGUAAUAUCUAUCACACGGUGACCCUGUUCUCCACCCACGUGUACAAACGAGCAGCGCAGGAGAUGACGGACGUGAAUACCUCGAGAGUCAUCCAAGUAGUCGCACCGGGUGACGUCAAUUUUGCGCUGGGCACGACGAAUUCCAGCAACGACACCACCGUGGUGAUACAGAACGCCAGCGCGUCCACCGAUCCAGAGACGAUCUGCAUGAGUCUGCCCGGUUUCGUGGGCGGUCUGGUGAUGUUGCUUCUGGUGGUCGUGGUUGCCUCCCUCGUGGCGGCCUUCCUCUUCGUCAGGGUGCGCGCUGUGGACCGCAAGAACGCCGCGAUAGGUGGAAACGGCUUCGUACAUCCGGCGUAUGUGCCGGACUGCAACAUGCCGAAUCCGGAGUUUGUCAAGGUCGCCAACUGAAGCAGCAUAUACGAUGCGCAAAAUCAAAAAAGGACUCGUCGCAGGAGAGGAGGACGAUGACGGAAUCCCCCCCGGAGGAUCGUCCACCUCGAACGACCGGCAAUACUUCGGAACCGUAUCGCGACAUUUCGCCCGAAAUUCGCGACAUUCGUCGGAAAUUCUCCUUGUCGAAAGUUGCAAAAUCACAUUUCUCUUUUCUCUCCUCUUCCAUCAUGAUAGCUUGGUGUCUAGUCCAGUUGCGUCAAUCGCGCUCGUCGAAUCCAGAGGAACAACGGCUAGAUCGCUAUCGAGAAAGCGUGAGUGCGAUCGUACGAGGCGGAUCUUUGAGUAGCAUGUAAAUAAGAAGUCCGAAAGCACGAGCAAAUUUAACGAAGAAAUGGAAAAACGGAAUGAGAGGAAGGUAAAUGAGAAAGCAGCUACACUGAUGCGCAUUCCAUCGAUCGUUCGCGAUUGGAAUUACUUUUUUUCUACCGAGCAAUUCGAUCGCGAUCGAUGGAACGCGCGGUCCAGUAAUAAAUAUCGCGAAUCGAUCUUCGAUGAUGCUUCGUGAUCACCGCAGCGCGGCAGUAAUCAACGUCUAAUAUCCACACGUCGUCAACAGUCCGUCCUCGGUAUCAGGAAGCGAGAGAUCAAUCGCAAUCGCCAGAGUAGUCUCUAGGAGGGCAUUGUAAAUAAGUCGCGCGGGUAGUCAGAUGGCCCUUCAGGACCCGCUUGUCCUCGCGUCUCUUCUCCGAUUCAUCAUGCGUACUACGCAUUUAUUUAUAUACGCAUCGUUUAAUUCAACGAGCGCGUUUCUCUUCAUCAUUCUUACCGUAUCUCGUCGCGUUUUAUCACACUCCGCGUCGGCGAUUCUCGCGCGUCGCGACGCUCGACGUCAUACGUCGACGGCGAUGCUUGCCAUCUCGAACGAUUCAGCGAACGCUUCCGGUAAACAUGUUUGUCUCGCAGAAAGUUGUUCAAAGGCAAAGGCUUGUUUUCUAAAAGUUUAAUUCGGAGCGAAGAAUCGACUAUUCGAUCGUGGAACGCUCGCUAAGUCGUUUAAGAUUCAACGAGAAUUCUAUUUAUUAUUUUUUUUUCUAUAUUUCUCUUUAUAUUCCCUUUUUUAACUCUACAUCCGGAUUGAUCUAACAUAAUUUAUUGAUCAAAAUUAUACGACCUUCCUACUUCGCUUAGUACUUAAGUUAUCCGUCUAAGAAUAUUCCCGGGAAUUGGGAAUAUGUUUACGUAUGUGUCUUAAGCACACACACACACAAACACACACACGUAUACAUAUACAUAUAUACAUACAUAUAUACAUAUACAACACAAACGUGUACAAACUAACAUGUACACAUGAGACGUAUGACAUCAUAUAUGCAAUAAGUGUGUGUUGUAUGCGUUAUAAUACCAGUGCGAGAAAUGUAUUCACGAACAUCCGUUACGAUAACAAUUAAUUGUUUGAGAAUU